AUGUUUUCGCUUACUGCUAUUCUUCCCUUUUUAGCUGUCACUCUAGCUUUACCCGCUGAUGAUACCAACAACAAACCUUCGGUAGGCAAGAUUCAGGUCUACAGCUCUGAUGCAAAAUCACCUAAAUGUCUCUCUGCUCAAUACCCGAAUGACGAUGUCCACUCGACACCCGACACCACUUUAGACAUUGUGAAGUGUGACCAAGCUACUGAAUGGACCAUCGACGAGAACUCAAGCGGGAAUAUUGUGCUCGCCGGUACUUCCUGGGCCAUCUCAUCCGUACAGCGUAAAGAUGAUACACAUGGUGCGACACAGAACGAUAUCAAGCUUGAGACGCUUGAUACUAGCUCAGAAGCUCAAAGAUGGACUUACUCACCUGAUAAGGAUGGACAGGUCACCUUCAAAAGUGAGAUUAAGUAUUCUGACGAGACAUAUUGUCUCACUCAAAACCUACUCGAUAAUGAGAUUUGGGCUUUUUCAUGCCAGGUGCAAGACCCCGCGAUAGCUGGCGCAGUGAACAACGGUAAGUGA